AUGUCGCCCGACCACAACAUCCCUUUGGAGCAGAAGACCUCCAUCCAAAAAGACAAUGCCCCUGACUUAGCAGGCGACACUGCUGAUGGCGAGGCAUGCGAUGUGGUUCUCGAUCCAAAGAAAGAAACCAAACUACUGGCCAAGCUGGAUGCGGCCUUUGUGCCCGUCAUCAUGUUGACCUAUUUGUCUUGCUUUCUAGAUAGAUCCAAUAUCGGCAAUGUGAAGGUUGCCCAUAUGCCCGAAGAUAUCAACGCCUCGGACAGCCAGUUUUCAACGGCCGUGUCCAUCUUCUACGUGACCUACGUUGUUUUCGAGGCCCCGUGGGCAGUCUUAAUGAAGAAACUGACGCCUCGGAACAUCCUGACGGCGCUUUGUAUUGUUUGGUCUUUGACUACAAUUUUCACGGGUUUUAUUGAGUCGGUAGGCUCGCUCUAUGCGACUCGCCUCAUCCUGGGUGCUUGUGAAGCGGGACUAUUCCCCUGUCUCAAUCUCUACUUGACCAUGGUCUAUCGCCGAGAAGAACAGGCUAAGCGUGUGUCUUACUUAAUGAGUUGUGCUGCCAUUUCAGGCGCCGUGGGUGGACUUUUGGCCUAUGGGCUCUUACACAUGGAUGGCAUCGGAGGCAAAGCUGGAUGGAGAUGGGUCUAUAUCAUUGAAGGUCUUUUCAGUGCCUUGUGCGCUAUUCUCAUCUGGUUUGGCCUGCCCAACAACCCUGCUGAGGCCUACUUCCUCAACGAGGAGGAGAGGUGGAUGAUGCGUGUGCGCAACGAGCAACGCCGCAAAUAUAUGGGAAGUGAUCAGUUCAGCUGGGAAGAGAUGCGCAUCGCCUUGAGUGAUCCGAAGCUCUUCUUCAGCGGUGUCAUCCAGUUCUGUCAAGAUAUCCUGCUGUACGGAUUCAGUACUUUUCUACCAACCAUCUUGGGAGGAAUGGGCUACAACUCUCUGAUGAGCAAUGUCCUGACCGUCCCAGUAUACAUCUGGGCCGCAAUGAUCUUUGUUGCAAUCGCCUUCUGCUCCGAUAGAUAUUCAAAAUUUGCUUCAUACAUCUUCACAGCCAACAUCUUCGGCAUCAUCGGCUAUAUCCUGCUCCUUACCGUCAAGAACACCGCCGUUCAAUACUUCGCGACCUUUCUCAUUGGAAUUACCACCUACACAGCAGUUGGCCUUAACGUGGCUUGGCUGAAUGUAAACAUCGCCCCUCAGUAUCGCCGUGCUUUGGAGAUCGGCCUACAACAAACAAUGGGCAACUGUGCCGGUAUUGUCGCCGGCCAAGUCUAUCGCAGCUCGCCAUAUGUGUUGGGAAAUGCAUUCUCCUUGGGAUCGCUAGUUGUCUCACAGUUCGCCGUGACCGGAUACGGACUGUACUUGAGACGGGAGAAUAAGAUGAAAGAACAAAUACUCUGCGGUGAAAAAGAGGACAGUCGACGAGUACAGACAGGCGAUGGAGCUGUAGACUUCAAAUAUCAUUACUAG